AUGUCCUUUUAAAAUCUUGACGUCGAAUUUUGUUUUUUAACUGUAAUCAUAAAUACCUAAGCCAUAUAUACUAAUAAAUGAUAAUGAAUCAUCAAAGAUACUAUAAUAACAAAUAUCGUCACGGUAAUACAAAAUAUCAAAAUGAAAUGUCACAAAAUGGCUUUCAAAAACGCUACAAUAAACCGAAUCACGUAGGAAACUCUUUGAAACGUGCUGAGUUCAAAGGUUCUAGCAGAAAUAACUCAACAGUACAAAAUGCAGGCAAACCCUUUUUUAAUAAUCAGAAUAUUCGAGAAAAAAAUAACAAAUCGACAGGACACCUUAAUAAAGAACAAAGUUAUGCUGCAAAGAAGGUUAACCGGCUUGAAAAAAAUAAUGGUCGUGGAUUUAGCGGAAAAAAUAUGUUAAACGGAAAACAAAAUAAUAGAAAAAACAUCGAUUGGAGUCAAAAUAAGAGUAAAGUAAACGGAGCAGUUGCAAGUAAUCAGCAAGAACAAAAGACACCAAAUUUGGACGUUCUAUUCACUACAAAACCAAUCAAACUGAAUUAUUGUCUGGCUCCGGAACGAUUGGAAGUGCAAGCUCGAGCAUUGGAGAUAUUUGAAAAAAAAGAACGAGAAGCUAAACAACUGCAGCGUCGUAGCCAGAAAGAUCGACGGCACAAACUGAUGACGGCCAAAACAAGAAAAGGUCAGCCGGUUAUGCAAGGACGUAUGGAACUGCUCUACGAGAAGGUUAAAAAUAUCGUUAGUCAGGGUUAGUUUUUCAAAUUGUUUAGAAAAAAGACGAAAGUGCUGUAGUUUAUCUAAUAAUACUUUAUUACUUUAUACAUAGCAGUUGCAGGCUGCCUCUUCGCAUAUUGAAAUGUUGAAAAUACAAUAGAGAUAAAAUGAA